CAUGCACGACCGGGAGUACGCGGGGCAACGCUUCCGACAGGCGGACACGGCCGCUCUUGUGCUGCCGCCUGCCAACGCCUCAGACUCCAGAGUCAUCUAUACUGUGUACGAGUAUGACCCGCUGCUGGACUCCAGCAACAUGACUAUGGACGACUGGAUCCGGAUAGCCAAGGACGUCAAGCAAGCCUACAACUGGUUUGAUGGCUUCGUAAUCCUCCACGGAACCGACACGAUGGCGUACACGGCCUCGGCGCUGUCCUUCAUGCUGGAGAACUUGGGGAAGAGUGUCAUCAUUACCGGCUCGCAGAUCCCUAUUUUCGAGACGCGCAGCGACGGUCGCGACAACUUUCUGGUGGCGCUGCUGCUGGCCGGUCAGUUUACGAUUCCCGAGGUCACCGUGUUCUUCAACCACGAGCUGUUCCGCGGCAACCGCACCACCAAGAUCAGCACGGGCAAGCUGAGCGCCUUCGGCUCACCCAACCUGUCGCCGCUCGUGUCGGUCGGCAUCGAUAUCGAAGUUGACUACCGAACGAUAUUCCGUCCUACGACGAUCGCCCGGUUUGAGGUCCACAGCCGCCUCUGCCGACACGUCGGGCUGCUCCGCCUGUUUCCCUCCAUCACGACGGAGACGGUGAAAGCGUUUCUCCAAGAACCGAUCCAGGGGGUAGUGCUGCAGUCGUACGGGGCCGGCAAUGUACCCUCCAACCGCAAGGACCUGCUAGACGCCUUCUACCAGGCCAGACAGCGAGGUGUCAUCGUCGUCAACUGCACCCAGUGCAGUCAGGGCGCCGUCAGCGCCACCUACGAGACGGGCAAGUCCCUGCUGGACGCCGGCGUGCUCCCCGGAGCGGACAUGACCCCCGAGGCCGCGCUCACCAAGCUCGCCUACGUGCUCACCAAGGACGAGUGGGACCUCGAGACCAAACGACAGAAGAUAACGCAGAACCUGCGCGGCGAGCUGACCGCGCACGUGGACGUGGAGCUGCACGACCAGGACCUGGUGGAGGCGAUCGCGCGCAAGAUGCACAUGACCUCGAGCGGCGAGGUGGAGCGGCUGCGCGAGACCCUGUACCCGGCCAUGCUGUGCUCUGCGGCCGAAUGCGGCUCCAUCGAGCGCAUCGACGCGCUGCGGAACUUCGGGGCUGACGUGUCCAGCAUGGACUACGACCGGCGCACGCCGCUGCACGUGGCUGCGAGCGAGGGCAAUACGGCCGUGCUGCGUCACCUGCUGCUGCACGGCGCCAGCGUUCACAUCCGCGACCGCAGCGGCGCCACGCCUCUCCACUCGGCCGUGCAGUUCCAGCGGCUCGACUGCAUCCGCAUAUUGGUGGACUGCGGCGCCCAUCUUGUCAUGGCGCCGGCGCACCUCGGCGAGCAGCUGUGUAGCGCCGCCGCUACUGGCCGGGUCACCAUGCUGGAGGCAUACCGACUGGCCCAGACCGACCUCGGCCAGCCGGACGCCACCGGACGCACCGCCCUGCACGUGGCGGCGCUGUCGGGCAAUGCCGACAUCUGCCGGCUCCUGCUGGCCUACGGCGUGAGCCCGGCGGCCAAGGACAUGCUUGGCUUCACGCCGGCCGCGUACGCACGCAUGGCCGGCAACCACGACCUGCAGCGAGAGCUGGACCAGAGCGGUGUCUCUCUGCAGGCCAACGGUCGGGACGCCUUGAACGGGACGCCCGGCCUCUCAACGUUCCUCUCAAGUCGCUGUGACGAGGUGCUGUCGCGCGAGGCGGCCGGGUCGAUGCGCUUCCUGUCCAGCGCGAGCGAGGCUUCGGGCCGGGCGCGGCUGUUACGCGACAGCAGCUUCGAUGAUAACCACUCCGGCUAGCGCCGGCUAGCGCGGCGCUCAUCGAGCUGCCGGAUCGGCGGCUCGCGUCGGAGCCUUGGCGCUGGGGAUGGGCACUUGCGGACGGAAUCUGAUUAGGAGGGCUGGGCGGAGAAUAUGUUGAAAUAUGACGAGGUGCCAGUUAGGCCGAGCCAGGGACGGCCAUGAGACU